UUUUCUGACGUUAUAAUGUGACGACAUGUUCACGAUGUGUGGUGAUCGCUAACCAGUAACCACUGUUGAUCCAGUUGACCGUCCCCGUCUCAACCGUGAAGACGUGUAUGCGCGUCGAGCCAAACCCGAAAAAAAAAAACGUUGCGUGAAAUUUAAAUAAAAAAAAUUAAACAAUAAAUAAAUAAAACAAAACUGUUAAUAUUUGACUGCGAAAUGGUUGCGGAUAUCCAAAAAUAUUCACCGAAGAUGAAGCCAGUUGGUGAGGUGACUGGGUUCGACGCGAUGGAUAAGCUGGAGGCGUUGGGAGAGUCACAGAUCGGGAAGAUGUUCGCUGGGACCACGGUGCUACUGACCGGGGGCACAGGGUUCCUGGGGAAGCUGAUGGUCGACAAACUUUUGAGAUGCUGUCCGGAUUUAAAAAAGCUGUUCCUACUGGCGAGACCAAAGAAAAAUAAAGAUAUCGCGAAAAGGCUGCAGGAACAGUUUGAUGACGUGCUAUACGACAAGCUAAGGAAGGAGAGACCGAAUUUUAUAGAGAAAAUAUGUAUAGUCGAGGGAGAUGUAGGUGCUAUCAACCUUGGACUCAGUCAAGAGGAUCGAACGAAAAUCGCUAAUGAGGUUGAAUUUAUCUUCCACGGAGCCGCCACCGUGAGGUUCGACGAGGCUCUGAAGACAGCCGUGGAGAUAAACGUGCGGGGCACCAGAGAGAUGUGUAUUUUGGCCAGAUCCUGUGGGAAGCUGAAGGCUCUAGUUCACAUUUCGACCGCAUACAGUAACUGCACCGUAAUGGAGAUCGAAGAGAGAUUCUACGAGAGCUCCCUCCCUGGUGACAAACUCAUCGACCUGGUGGAAACUAUGGACGAGAAGGUUAUAAACAGCAUCACUCCCGGUUUACUGGGGGAUUUCCCGAAUACGUAUGCGUAUACGAAAUCUGUGGCCGAAGACGUGGUGCAGAAAUACUCGAAGGGUCUUCCGGUGGCUUUGUUCAGGCCGUCCAUAGUAAUUGGAACAGCCAAAGAACCAGUCGCGGGGUGGAUAGACAACGUAUAUGGACCUACAGGGGUUGUGGUAGGAGCCGCAGUGGGUCUACUUCACGCUCUGAUCUGCAAACCCAACGCGGUAGCUGACUUGGUCCCCGGAGAUAUGGUUGUAAACGCUUGCAUUGCAACCGCCUGGAAGACAGCCAAAGACUAUCCGGGCAACCACGAGGACGCUCCACCCCCGGACCUGACGCCACCAGUUUACAACUUUGUUUCCUCAACACAGAAGCCCCUGACUUGGAGUAAAUUCAUGAAAUACAAUGAGAUAUAUGGCCUCGAAGUGCCCACGGUGCAAGCGAUUUAUUACUACGUGUUUAUGUUGACGUCUUCUCGUUUCGCCUACACCCUGUACUGUUUCUUCCUGCACUGGAUCCCGGCCUACAUCAUCGAUGGAGUGGCUGUGCUGAUAGGCAAAAAGCCAAUGCUAAGGAAAGCGUAUACGAAGAUAAGCAAAUUCUCCGAAGUCAUAUCGUAUUUCGCGACGCGCGAGUGGAAAUUCCACAGCGGCAACACGGAGGGUCUGGUGCGGGAGCUGUGCCCGGCAGACCGGCAGACGUUCGACUUUGAUUUGUCGCGGCUCGACUGGAGCGAAUACUUCUACAACUACGUCAGGGGCGUCCGGGUGUACCUGCUCAAGGAUCCGGUGGAAACAGUACCGGCCGGCCUCAGGAGGCAUAACAUACUGAAGUACUCGCACUAUAUCUUCUGUGCUGUAUUAACGUUUGUGCUGGUCAGACUGUUGUGGGCCGCGUGGAGUCUUUUAGACCUUUAAAUGUAAGCCGGCGAUGUAUCGAGAAGCGUUAUGUAAUGUGCGCGAAGGGGCGUCGACCCGAGCGUCGGAUGUUCGUGUUACAUUGCUUGCAGGAAAUGUUUGGCAAAGUUUCUAUCGCGUUUUUUUUGUUUUUGUUUUUGAGUUCCUCGUGUGACUAUCAUUGACGGGAAAGAUUCGGAUGCGCUUAUUUAUGAACGAUCGAAGCGAAUCGACAGCACACAUGUGUUAAUUUUUUUUAUAAAUGACGAGGCAAAUAAACUAUUUUAUAUCUAUCCGCACCCAUCCCAAAAUUGUAAUGACGAGGAUUGAAAGGCUGUUUGUUUUAAGCGAAAUUUUUGACAGUAGUGCCUUAAUGUUUAAAAUUUGAAACAAAAAAAAAACAAACAACUAACUACUUCAGCUUUUUGAAUGAGGUAAACUUAAUUGAAGUUUAAUUUAAAAACAUCGAACUGUGCCAAUGACGAUGUCAAUGCCAAAUAAAACGGACCUUUAAUUACAAAGAUAAAUGUCGCGUCUUAAGCGAAAUGACGCUUAAACUAAAUACCCUUUCAUCCCUCGAUAUAGAUUCAUGACAAAUGAUAUACUAAAUAAGUUUUCGUUAAAAAAAUUAAAUGUUUAGAUUCACGUUUUUAAUAAGCAGAGUCUAUUUCGCGUUUGUUUUUUGGUAAAAAAAUAACCGACUUCAAAAAGAAGGAGAGGUUACCGAUCCGUCUGUAUUUCAUUUAAGCGUAUGGUUUAAACCUUUUAAAAUAUCCUUAAUAAUUAACUUCGACUGCAUUGAGGAUAUUCUCGUAUUAUUUGACCGAAGCGAAUUUUCUAUUUUUAGCUCAGAUACCAUUAGCGGAUCGUCUAGGUAUUAUUUAUUCAACCUCGGGGUAGUAAAAAAACUAGGGAUACACCUCAUGGGAAUGGAUCAUUAUGGAGGGUAGAGAUAAGGUCUUGUAUAGGUGACAAAUUAAAAAGCGUCCGGCUGUAAAAAGCAAGUUAUUGUUGGAAGACUCACUAAAUUAACACUUAUGUAGGAAGUGGAAAUUAUGUGAAUAUAGCAGUUUUAAAAUUUAAGACUUUUUGUGAGUUUUGUAGUUAAAAGUAUGCAUUAGUAGGAAGUGUUUCUUUCCUUCUUAAUUUAAUAUCCUACUCUAAUAGUCUAUGGCGCUAUUUUUAUAAACUUUCCACUUGCGACUGUGGCGCCAUCUUAGUUGGCUCCUUUUCAGCCGACAAUUUUGAACUGAAAAAACUUUGGGCGCGUUGAGAAUAAAAUUUAACUCGCAAUAGAUUCGUUACGGCUAGAGAGAAAAGAUACAACUUAGAAAGAGUGAGAGUGAGAAAAUAGACAGAGCGUCUCGCGAACCAUUCGACCGUGGAGAGAGGGAGAGGACAAAGCUAGCUAGGUCGUUUCUCUUAUACACAGCGUUCCCUAUUACAAGAUAAAUUUGAUUUAAGGAUGAAAAAUGAAGAAAACUACAAUCCUACACACCGCAAAAGAAGUUUCACUUCUAUCACGCGCACCAUUUUUUUUAAUUCACUAGAUAGUGCUCCUUAUUUCUACCCUCCAAAGUGACCACUAAUCUAAUUAAUAAUAAGGGUAGGUUAGUUAGUUUGGUUGUUGUAUUCUGUAUUCGUGUUGCUCAAUUAUGUUAUGAUUAGGUUAAGGAAAAGACGAAAUGAAUGCAUUAUGUCGCCUUUAGAAUUGAGGUCAUAUAAUCCAAAAUUUAUCUUUUGGUAAACGCCAAAAAUAUAAUGGAAGAAUUGUCUUUUUUUUUUCAAUUAUUCGAUUAUAAUACUUUAAGGUAAGCGAUUGAUUUGAAAGAGACGGAAAGAGUACAGAUGUCUUUUUCUAAGCUAGAAGAGAUUGUUUAAUUUUAAUAAAACUCUAAUACAACAUGUUUAUAGGUCAGUCGAAAGUAUGAAACUCUUUUUCUUAAAAUUUUUAGAUAAGUCACUUCAAUUCUAAAGGUGCUAUAUGUACACGCUUUUAAUUACCCAAUAAUUAUACUUUGUAUCUGCUGACUGUACUUUUUGUUUUUAUGUUUACUGGUGGUAGGACCUCUUGUGAGUCCGCACGGCUAGGUACCACCGCCCCGCCUAUUUCUGCCGUGAAGCAGUAAUGCGUUUCGGUUUGUAGCUUGGGGCAGCCGUUGUAACUAUACUGAGACCUUAGAACUUAUAUCUCAAGGUGGGUGGCGCGUUUAUGUUGUAGAUGUCUAUGGGCUCCAGUAACCACUUAACAUCAGGUGGGCUGUGAGCUCGUUCACCCAUCUAAGCAAUAAAAAUAAAAAAGUAAUAUUAAACGCUUUCAAUAUUCAUCUAUCGCUAGAACCGCUUUUAUCUUGAUAAGCAUGGAACAGUGAUGUUCAUUGAUAAAUCGAUUGGUUUCAAUUGUUAUUUGCGUAUAUUUUUUGUAUAAUGACGUCACAGUUCAAGCCCACGCGUUGCGGGAACGGGAGAGAGCAUCUCACAAACACCUGAGAAUUUUACCAGCCAUUUUCUUUUAUACUUUUAAUUGUAUCGUCACAAUUGACGUCUUUUGAGCUUUUAAAUGACGGCAAGCUUUCGUCAAGCACAAUCUGUCCCUUGGUGGUAAAAGUUUUGAGUUCAGCAUCCACAUUAUGGGCUCAUUAGCUUUGUUUUACCAUAUAUCUAAAAGCAUUGUUCGUGAGCUGUCAUUUCACUAGUGCCUGAAAUUUGGAUGCUGUCUGCCGAUGCCCAUGGACAUAUUAUUAUGUGAAGGCCCCGCCCACCUUGAGACGUGAGGUCGAAAUGUCAAUAAUAAUAACUUGUUGUGCAGUUUAUACGUGGGUCUAGGAACCGACUAAGUAGAAGUUAAUUCGUGUAUAUUUCAGUAGAAGCUUAAUGUUUCAAGGCUUGUUGUUAAGAGGAGUACUCUCUUUUUUCUCGUGAAAAUGAUGUUUAAUUUUAAUUUCCAUUUAACGGGACAUUUCAUUGAAAUUUUAUUUUUUAUUUUUAUAAAUUAUUAUUCGACAUCAGAGGCCUAAAGUUGGAUCUUUAUUUCGACAAUGAACUUUAAUACGACAAUUAAAUCAUUUCAAAUGAUUAACUAAAAAACCAGCUUAGCGUUUUUAUCUAGCCUUUAUCAUUGUAAUUAUAUUCUUUUUUAACGUUCCGAAAGAUUUACGGUUUUCGCAGGUCGCAGUCCCAGAUUCACGAAAUGCGAUAACAACACUGUACCUAUUUCUAGUAUUUUUUGGUAAUUUGUAAGUAAUUAAUAUGUGUUUAUGUAACACAUCUUCCGGGUAAGGUCUUUUAAAUAAUCGAUCUAUAGAUUCGUAACACGAAGGAAUAGUAAAAAGGUUUUUGCGAGGGUCUCUCGCGUAAAAUUUUCAGGUGUGCUGACUUAUGAUUGUUUUUUAGAGUUUCGUGUUUUAGUUGUUGUAAUGUAUUUUUGAGGAGGACAUUAUGUAAACAUGUGAUAGUAUUGCCAUAAUUAAGGAGAAUCUAAAUAAACGGAUAAAAAUA